CUUUGACAACAAUCGUCAACAAUGGUGGAACAGAUCCUGUGACAUUUCUAAGGCAGUGCUCGUUUUCUGAGACGAAAAUAUCAAUAAUGAUCAAUAUUUUUAAAGUAAUAACAAAUGCGAUAAUAUUUUAAUGAUAUUUCGCUUAAUGAUCUUACAAAACGGCGAGAAUGUGUGAUGUUUGUUCGGAGUUUUCACAGCUUUUAAUAAAUUGUGAAACCAGACUAACCGACGAUGUGUCCCAGUACCCAACUAUAAGUCAGUCCGAACUUGAAACAGUAUUAAAUUAUAUUCUUUCAUGGCCACAGAGGCAGUGUAUGUGCUGUUACCGUGAUGUGAAGAAUUUUGAAAGAUUUUAUUUAGUUGUUCAAAGCAUCUUAUGCUUAUCAGUGUGCCAACUCAAACUGCUUAAAGAUGAUUUAAUAACUUCUGCAAAAACAAAAUCGAGCUCUGAUAAUCAAGAACUACAAAAAGAACCAGAAGUUCCAAGCAUUGUAAAAAAUGAGGAAGAAAGCAAAGAAUCAAAAGAGACAGAUUUGGAUACAGAUAGUACAAAAGCACCCGAUCAACCUACAGAUGAGACACCAAGUAUAGAUAAACCUGCAGUGAUCAGUUUUGACAGUGAAACAUGGUCAAUGCAGCAAAACGAAAAGCUAAUGCACAUUGUAUCUAAGAUAUUUCUUCUCAAUUUCCCUCUUUAUUUAGCCUGUAAACAUUCAGCUCUUAGCCGGCUUGAUGAUCUGUCGGCGCAAGAAAUAUCAAAUCUGAGCUCAUACUGCGAUCUUCAUGAUACUGAAAUACCUGCUUAUCUACUAAGGAAUGUUAGCCUUUUUUGUAAACUAGGUGGAGUAUGUGCUAUGACUUCAGUGUUUGAGAAUGCAACACCCACAAGUCUCCCUCUGUCUAUGGCACAUGCGAUAGUAGCAGCUGUAGGAAAUUUGAAACUUUGGUUGAAUUUCAGAGCAGUUUCACAGCUCUUUAUGCCUUUGAGAAGCAAGAUUUUAAAAUUUAUGUGUAGUCUAGAAGAUAAAGAUUUAAGAGUACCAGCAGUCAAGUCAAUGGCAGACUUCAUGUGGGGAGCCGCUAAAGAACCCCUCGAUGCCCCACUAGCAUUUGAUGGUGAUGGAUUGGCUUUAGCAUUCAAGUACUUUAACAGCAGUACAUUGACUAUGAGACUUGCUGGUGUAGCUCAGAUCAAUGCUCACAUAGCUGCUCACAAUGAACUGUGUGCUGGAGAACCAGCGGCCGAUGCAGAACUGGCUGGACAGCAGCUUGCGACAUGGUUGACUAAUAACAAUAUCAUUGAACAUUUGUUUGGUCCUAAUCUCCAUGUUGAGGUGAUAAAGCAAUCCCAUAUGAUCCUAAAGUUUCUUGCUGUGGAGGGUAGAGUUACUUCUGAACAUGUUGAGUUGGUGUGGGCAGCUGCUCAGCUUAAGCACUGUGGUCGUCAAGUGUAUGAUUUGUUACCAGGGUUUAUUAGAGCACUAGCUCCAAAACCAUGCUCACAUCUGUACAGUCUGCUAUGUUCUUUACCCCCCAAAGAACAUACUGAACAGAGCCUGUACCUGGCGUCGGCGCUGAUGCGCGCGAUGUGGGCGCGCGGCGGCUGCGGCGCGGGCUCGCCGGCGCCCGAGCCGCCGCGCCUGGCGCCGCCGCCCUGCAAGCCGCACCACCGCUCCUCCUCCGAGGCCAGUGUGAGCAUGGACCAGACCAACUCCGACGACGACCCGUGUGAAGAACUGAGUACAUCAGGAGAGGAUGCUGGACCUACACCACGAAAGCAAAGUAAACAUCAACGUGAUCUCACAGCUGAGCAGCUUCAAUGGCUUGGAGAAGGGGAAGAACUUUCUAAAAAGGAAUGUCCCUCUCUUAAAACUUGUCAAAAGCGUAAUAAACGACCUGGGAGUAGCGGAAGUGCCAGCAGUGGUGCAGAUGAGUUGCUGCGUCCACGAAAGAAGAAGCUGUACAAGAAACGUCAAAAGCCAAGCAAGGCCAGGCAUUUCCUAGCAAGCCAGCUGAAGACCGCGGAGCUAGCGGAGUCAGUGUCUGAGGUGGAAGAGGAGUCUUCGGGAAGUGAUACCGCGCACUGCCAGCUGCUGUGCGACAAUGUGGACACCAGACGUCUGAUGGAGCUGCGCCUGUUGGAGAGCUACAAGCGCCGCUCGGAGGAGGAGGGCAGCGCGUCGUCGCCCUCGCACUCGCACCGGCACCUGCCCGACCUGGACGAGGACGACUCCGCCUGCGAGGAGGAGCUGGCGCGCCUCGCCGCGCAGGCACAGUGUCUAACGGAGUACGGUGCGGGAGCCCUAGAGGCCCGGCCUCCGUCUCCGGCUCCGGCGCUUCCCUUCAGCGUAGACGACGUGUGUCGCCCCGGGAACACGCUGCUAUGGGACCUGCUACAGGACGGCGCCAUUGAACAACUUGGAGAAGGAUUAGCACUAGAAGCUGAAAAAGCUUUGUGUGCUCUCCUUUGUUUUAGUACAGACAAGUUCAUUAGAAUAAAAUUUAUAGAAGGAUGUCUUGAUAAUCUAGCUAAUCAUAGAUCUGUUGCCGUGUCACUGCGUCUGCUACCAAAGUUGUUCUCGUCAUUCCAACAAUUGAGAGGAAUGGAUAUGCAUCAGGUGGUGAUGUGGGCGGAGCGCGAGCGCGGCAUGAUGCGCCUGUUCCUGGAGGACCUGCGCCACUACGUGGCCGCGCGCGCGCCCGCGCCCGACGCGCCCUACGCGCACGUCACCGAGCUCACCGUGCGCCUGCACUUCCUCACCGCCAUCUUCUCGCCCGUCGGCUCGCCGCACCACUUCCGGUUAACGGUGGAGCAAGUAGAGGAGUUGUGGCAAUGCCUGGUUGCGCGCGGCUCCAGCGAGUGCGCCGACUGUCUGUACUCGUGGUUGCUGUCGCACACAAAGUCGCCCGACCAGCACGCGCUCGGCCUCGACGCGCUGCGUUUCCUCUACGUCGAGAAGAUGCCCACUUUGGACCCUGAGACGAUCAGCAUCAUGGGCCUGAGCCUGUACCAGCAGCUGUGCAACCUGGCGCGCAUGGCGCUGGGCGCGGGAGACUCGCGCGACGCCGCGCACCCGCACACGCUCGCUAUGGACCACCUGUGGAAGAUCGCAUUGAGGGCUAACAGUACGGAUGUCUCAAUGGGUGCUAUUCAGUAUCUAAACAGUUACUACAUGGGCCAGCAGUUACAGCAAGAAGACGAUUUUGUUUCCAAGUGUAUGUUUCACCUGUCUUCGGCCGCUGAAAGGUUGAUUUCGAAAAAUGAAGAUGGCCAAGAAAGGUUUCUUACAUCGAGUGUACUCAGAGACGAAAGUAUAGUGACUGAAAAAACUACAGAUAAACGAAACAUCUAUGAACACAUGACCGAAGAAGCGGCAUUACAAUGUAUACAGAGAGCCCUAUUGUUAUUGAAAACACAUCUAGACACAUUUAAAAGAAGAUACGCGUACCACCUCCGUCGCUGGGCGCUAGCGGAGUCGGGCGCGUGGGAGGGCGGGGCGACGGGCGCCGGCAGCGUGCGCAUCACCCUGCAGCCGGCCGGCGCCGGGCCGCGCGCCGCGCUGGCGCUGCUGCAGACGGACCUGGUGGCGCACCUGCGCGCGCACGUGCACGUCUGGUGGGAGCGCCAGAUACAAGGAGAGGAAGGUGUGACUGCGCUAUCAACGGAUGGGCCUUUGCGAAUGAUCACCCAGGGUCAGGAGCUGACAAUCGACUAUGAUGAGAGGACUCUCUAUGAUAUGGGAUUUAAGGAUAAUCAGCUGGUGUUCGUGUCGGUGGGCGUGGGCGGGCGCGGAGCAUGGGCGGAGUGGCCGUCCGCCCAGCCAGCCCCAGCGCGCGCGAGGCUGCCCACACACCUACUGCUCGACCCCACUUACUUCGACCACCUGUUCACGCUCAUGCAGGCUCUGGGCCAGAUGAAGGAACCCGGGACUGGGGAGCCUGUAGCGCAUACAAAGGCCCAACUCCUAUCACGGCGCGUCUGGGACAUACUUCAAGCAGUACCUCUCAACCCGACUCUUUUAGAAGCUUUCCAAAAUCCUUCAGAAAAUAAACUCCCAGAGCUCUUAGACCCCACGAGUCCACAAAAAUUAAUGUACUCACUACACAUCAUAGACAAAUUAAGUUCAAACAACAAUAACAGUAAUGUUAAGGAGUCCACCGGAAGCUUAGAUAAGACUGAGGAGAAAGUUUGUGUGGAGAAUUGGAAUGAGUUGUUCAUUAAGAAGGGGGGAUUGAGGUUGCUCUACGAUAUCAUGAUGUCAGGUGGCCUGCAAAGAAGCGAUGACAGCGAAUGGCGUCAAGAUUGCCUCGCGUUGUUGCUUCAAUUGCUGUGUCGCAUCGGAACCUUGCCGACCACUGAGGCUGGACAAACUCCUAAACUACACCCGGCUUUACUAUCUUUGAUGAAUGUGGAACAAACAACAGAUAGGUUGAUAUCGAUUUUAUGUGAGGCAGCCACUAUGAAAGAACCCACUACAUACAAGACUGGAUUUUGGGGCAGAGCACAGGUGGUGCAGCACGCCAUGCGCCUGUGCGUGGUGUGGGCGCGCGGCGGCGGGGACGCCGUGUCGCUGGCCUGGUCGCUGCGCCGCGCCGCGCCGCGCCUGCUGCUGGAUGACGCCGACCCCGCCGUGCGGCGCGAGGCGGGCAGCGCGCUGUACCGGCUGUGCGCGGGCGGCGAGGCGGGCGCGCUGGCGCCGCUGCUGCAGCUGCUGCUGGAGCACCUGCCGCGCGCCGCCGACAUGCGCCCGCACCCCCACCACGAGGUUGUUCAUCAUCAUGCCGAAGAAGGAAAGGAACCGUAUGGUCCAGCUUGUAGAGAUUAUUUCUGGCUAGUGUGCAGAUUGAUAGAUGGACUACCUGAAGGUUUUUUUAAAGAAGGCGCAGUUUCUGAAGACAGUGGCGUUCCUGAUUUAAAUGAACUAUGCGAACAAAUUAGCUGUUCUUUAGAAAAACGCGAAAUAAUAGAAAAAAAGUCUGACCCCUGUACCCCUGAUGACGGAUUGUACGGCCAAUUGAGUCUGCUAACCCACUUAUUGAAACAUCCUCUGAGAUUUAAAAAUUCAGAACAAGGAACUAGAACAUUAGAAAUGGUCUUUGGGUUUCUGUUCGAUGUUCCUAAUCCGUCCCAACGUAACCUGCCCAAAUGCAAGUCACAGAAGUCGCGUGCAGCAGCCUACGACUUGUUAGUGGAGUUGGUACGCGGUGCUCCAGACAAUUACAUGGUACUACACCACAAGCUAAUGGAACAUCACAAACCUGGUCCAUCGUCAUCGUACCCGUGGGAUUACUGGCCGGCGGAGGAGUCGCGGUCGGAGUGCGGGUACGCGGGGCUGACCAACCUGGGCGCCACGUGCUACAUGGCGUCGUGCAUGCAGCACCUGUACAUGAUGCCGGCGGCGCGCGCGGCCGUGCUGAGCGCCGACCCCGCCGCCAGCCGCCACGGGCCCACGCUGCACGAGAUGCAGCGCAUGUUCGCCUUCCUCAUGGAAAGUGAACGCAAAGCAUAUAAUCCGAGGAGUUUCUGCAAGGUGUACCAGAUGGACCACCAGCCGCUCAACACUGGCGAGCAAAAAGAUAUGGCAGAAUUCUUCAUUGAUCUUGUUUCCAAAUUGGAAGAAAUGACUCCUGAACUAAAAAAGCUAGUUAAAACGCUAUUUUGUGGCGUGCUAAGUAACAAUGUAGUAUCAUUGGAUUGCCCGCACGUGUCGCGCACGCUGGAGGAGUUCUACACGGUGCGCUGCCAGGUGGCCGACAUGCGCAACCUGCACCAGAGCCUGGACGAGGUCACCGUCAAGGACACGCUCGAGGGCGACAACUGCUACACCUGCUCGCAGUGCGCCAACAAAGUGCGCGCCGAGAAACGUGCGUGUUUCAAGAAGCUGCCCCGUAUUCUUUGCUUCAACACGAUGCGGUACACGUUCAACAUGCUCACGAUGCUCAAGGAGAAGGUCAAUACCCACUUCUCGUUCCCCAUGCGUCUCGACAUGUCUGGCUACGUCGAGAAACAUUUGAUGCCGGCUCAAUAUCAGGAAGAAAAAAGGAAAUCGGCAGAGUUGAAAAAGGAAGGUGAUGGAAGUUCAUAUAACGAUAACGAUGAUUCUGACACUGAAGAACACUACGAGUACGAGCUGAUCGGCGUAACGGUGCACACGGGCACGGCGGACGGCGGGCACUACUACUCGUUCAUCCGUGACCGCGAGCACGAGCUGCCCGACCGCUGGCUGCUGUUCAACGACGCCGAGGUCAAGCCCUUCGACCCCGCGCACAUCGCCGCCGAGUGCUUCGGGGGCGAGAUGACCAGCAAAACAUAUGAUUCAGUUACCGAUAAAUUUAUGGAUUUCUCUUUCGAAAAAACGAACAGCGCUUACAUGUUGUUCUAUGAGCUUAGUCCACCGCGGAAUCAACGUGGCUCAGAUAGCGGCCAGGAGGAGGCAAAGUCGUCGCGCGGCGAGCGCAGCGCGGCGGGCGAGCGGCGCGGCGCGGCGGCGCCCGCGCGCCUGCCGCCCGAGCUGCUGCGCUGGAUCUGGGACGACAACAUGCACUUCCUGCACGACAAGAAUAUCUUCCAGCACGCCUACUUCACGUUCAUGGGUCAGAUGUGUAGUUCGGUGCCGCAGUCGCUGCUCACGCUGCGGCCGGAGAUCACCGAGGUCGCCGCGCGGCUCUCCACGUCCUUCUUUAUUGAGACAUUCAUACAUGCUAAGGAAAAGCCUACGAUGGUGUCGUGGGUGGAGCUAGUGACUAAACAAUUCAACGCUUCCGCGGCUGCCUCCGAAUGGUUCCUUGGUCACAUGGCUGAUGACACAUGGUGGCCGAUGCAGGUACUAAUAAAAUGUCCAAAUCAAAUGGUCAGACAAAUGUUCCAGAGGCUUUGCAUGCAUGUUAUACAAAGGCUAAGAUCUAGUCAUUGUGCCUUGUACCUUCGGGGCACGGAGGACGAAGAUAAUAGUAGAUUAGGAGAAGCGAGUUGUGUUACUAGGUUUAUAAGGAUGUUAUUGUCUUUGAUGGAGAGCGGCGCGCGUUCCCAUUUGCGUCACUUGACGGAGUACUUCAGCUUGUUGUACGAGUUCAGCAAGAUGGGCGAGGAGGAGGGCAAGUUCAUGUUGCGGGUCAACGCGAUCUCUUCCAUGGUUAACUUUUAUCUCGGCCAGAACUCGAAUACGGUGGAGGCGGGGGGCGAGGAGGCGAGCGGCAGCGGCGUGGCGGACAGCUGUGGGGACAAGUUGCGGCCCGGCGCGCUCGACAAGAUGGUGGCGCUGGUGGGCGGGCUCGUGGAGCGUUCACGCGACGCCGCGGGGCACGUGGCGCUGGCCGAGCCCGACGCGCGCGCGCUGCUGCACGCCAAGGGGUUUCCUUUUAUCUACCAACAAACGAGGGACAGUUUAAAUCUGCAGCAGACUAAGUCUCUGAUCUUCGCUCUGUGUCGCUGGAACGAGGCUUUAGCGCAAAAAAUCGUGAACAUGAUCUUUCAAGCGAUCGCAAAACAUUCGGAGAACUGCGGACCGUUCUUCAAGUUGCUGACGUUGCUGGUGGAGGGUAGCGGUGGCGGUGCGGGCGCGUCGGGCGGGCUGCCGUGCUUCACGGCGCUGGCCCUGGCGCGCCUGUGGGACGCGGGCGACGUGUGCCCGUACGCCGCGCUGGAAUGGCUGGCCAUGCAGGUGCCGCGCAACAAGGCGGCGCACGCGUGGGCGCUGCGCACGGCGGACCGCUGGCUGGAGGCGCAGCUGCUGGCGGCGGGCGCGGCGCGCGUGCGCGCGGCGGCGGCGCUGCUGCUGGUGGCGCUCGUGCCGUCGCAGCACUUCCGCGCCGGCUACGCGCGCGCGCGCCCGCCGCCCGCGCCCGCGCCCGCGCCCGCCAAGCUGCCCGAGCCGGCGCACCACACGCUGCACCAGGUAUACACGAUGCUGCUGAGCAAAUUGAAAGCGGCUCGAAAAUACACGGACAUCGCCGUUCACGGAACUAUGAAGCUUACCGCUUAUUUCGGAGUGAUGUCCUACUGUAUCGUUAGCAGGGUGGAGAAGCUAAUGUUCGGUCAAUACUUUAACGACCUGUGGGAGCUCUACCACCCAGCGAUAUCGGAACCUUCGGUAGCCGUACACCCAAAUAAGCAAGCGCUUCUAACGUUUUGGCACGCGGUGUCCGUCGACUGCCCAGAAAACGUGCAGCUAAUGUUGUCCAACCAACGUUUGAUCAAGCACAUCGCUUUCAACUAUAUACUGGCCGACCACGAGGACGGCGAGGUGGUGGCGUACAACCGCGCCAUGCUGCCGCCGUACUACGCGCUGCUGCGGCUGUGCUGCCGGCGCUCGGCGGCCUUCGCGCGCGCGCUCUCGCAGCACCAGAACAUCCACUGGGCCUUCCGGAACAUCGCGCCGCACGCGCACCUCUACCCCGCCGCCGCGGACGAGCUGCUGCGGCUGGCGCGCAUCCUAGCCGCCAGGGGCGGGGCGGGCGGCGCGGAGGGCGCGGAGGCGCGCGAGGUCGCCGCCUUCAGGAGAAGCACGCUCUCGGCUUACUUGCAGGGUUUAAACGGGCGGACGUGCUGGACGACGUUAAUAUCUGCGUUUUGCACGCUCGUCGAGAAUGAGGAUGAUAGGCUGUACGUAGUUUAUAAUGGCGGACUGCAAAUGACCUUUGAAGCGCUGCACAGCCUGCACGCGGUGUACGUGGAGGGCGGCGGCGUGGGCGGCGUGGGCGCGGGGGCCGGCGCCGCGGUGCGCGCGGAGCUGGGCGCGGCGCUGCGCUGGGCGCGCUCGCUGUGCCGCACGCUGCGCAUGCGCCGCGACGCCAAGGAGGCCCGCGCGCUGCUGCUGGCCUGCAAGGACUGGCCCGAGUGCGCGCGCCGCCUGCUCACCCUGCUCAACCUGCACCAGCGCACGCCGCGCCUGCCGCACGCCGCGCUCGGCGUGCUGCGCGAGCUGGUGCUGCUGGGCGGCGGCGCGGCGCUGGGCGCGCUGGUGCCGCUGGCGGCGGGCGCGCACGCCGCCGCGCGCGCCGCCUCGCGCCCGCGCCGCCCCGCCGCGCACGCGCCGCCGCGCGCCGCGCUGCACCGCCCCUACCACAAGUUCAUCGACACGUGCUGCCGCGUGGCGCGCAGCCAGCGCUGCAUGUCGGAGCAGCUGGUGCUGCUGUCGGCGCUGUGCGCGCUGGAGGCCGUGCCGCUGCGGUUCAACUACUUCGCGGCCUUCUGGAGGGACGUCGCCGCCUCGCCGGCGGACGCUAAGCUAGAGGAGAUGUUGUUGGAGUGUAGCGUCGUCGCGGAGUACAUAGAUGCCGUGCUGAUGGAUGAGCGGGAGUCGCUAGCCGAUCCCGCCAUUUAUGAUUUCAUGCAACAUUAUUAUCCCAAGUUGAGCGGUGCGUCGAGCCCGUGUCACGCGGGCGCGGCGGGCGCGGCGGGCGGGUCGGGCGGCAGCGCGGGCGCGGCGGGCGGCGCGGCGCGCGCGGCCGAGGUGCUGGCGGACGAGCUGGCCGGCGGCGCGGCGCGCCUGCCGCUGGGCGCGCUGCUGGGCAGCACGCGCGCGCUGCUGCUGCUGGCGGAGCGCGCGCGGCCCGCGCCCGCCUCGCCGCUGGCCAGGGCGCUGCACCGCGCCGCCGCGGCGCUGCAUCAGAGGCUUCUGCGACCCACCGAGGAGGAGAGCGGCGAGGCGGAGGAUGCGACGGCGCCGGGCGAGGCCGCCGAGGGCAGCGAGGGCGAGGAGCCGCCGGAGGAGUCGGACGAGUCCACGGACUCGGCGCCCUCGCCCGCGCCCGACCAGCUGCCGCUGCUGUCGCACGCGCUGCGGCGCCUGCACCAGCUGCAGCCGCCCGCCGACUGA